AUGGAGACUUGUCUGGAAGGGGAGGAGCGUCUCGCCAACCGUGCGUACAUUGUAAAACGGGCAGUGCGUUCAGCAAUGUACAGACCAAAUGCAGGUACAUCCAGAGAAAUUGCUCGUCGCCUACUUGCCCGGCAGGACCACAUCAUGGAGAUGAAAUUUUGGUUGCAGUUCGCACUUCGGAGGGUCCUCCGCACAUGUCCUCCUGGUGACAGUGAAGUUGACUGGGCAGCUGCGAGGGACCUGGAGGGCAACAUAUGGGCAUCAGUCCUUGGGGAACAAGUGGAUGAGCCGUUGGUGGAGGCAGUACGUCGGAAUAUUGAGCAACGUCUUCGAGAUCGUGAAGAAACCAUGGCUGCAAUGAAAGAAGGUGCCUCCUCGAGCUCCAGGCACAACCCGUGCGGGCCCGUGUCCCGACCUCGCCGUCUACCUGCUGAAGAACCAGGACUUGCUCGACCUGCAGUACAUCGACGACAUCGUCCUCAACCUGCUGAUGGUGAUGAUGCCCGCCUUUCUCUACCUGCUGAUGACCUGGGAACCUGGGAGAAGUUCGACGUGAUGGAGGACCUGUACCACAUCGUCCUCGUCCGUUUGCUCCGCCGACGGGCGGUUCAGGUGACCCCUCUGUGGUGGGUGAUGACAUGGCCCCGAACCCGGUGA